GAGGACAUUGAGGCUGCAAAGAGACUUUUGUAGUCGUUUAAGUUCCGUUUUCUCUGCGUUAGGGGUCUGGUUCGAAAAGCACAGCCUCCUUCUUCCCUCCAACUUCUUAAGAGUUUCAGAUCUGCGCUUCAGAGAGAAUGGAGACUUUCCUAUUCACAUCUGAAUCCGUGAACGAGGGUCACCCCGACAAGCUGUGCGACCAGAUCUCUGAUGCAGUGCUCGAUGCCUGCCUUGCCCAGGACGCUGACAGCAAGGUUGCCUGCGAGACAUGCACCAAAACCAACAUGGUCAUGGUAUUUGGAGAGAUCACCACCAAGGCCAAUGUUGACUAUGAGAAGAUUGUUCGUGAAACUUGCCGCAACAUUGGAUUUAUUUCUGAUGAUGUAGGUCUUGAUGCCGAUAACUGCAAGGUCCUGGUUAACAUUGAGCAGCAGAGCCCGGAUAUUGCCCAGGGUGUCCAUGGUCACUUCACCAAGAGACCUGAGGAGAUUGGUGCUGGUGACCAGGGUCACAUGUUUGGUUAUGCCACUGAUGAAACCCCUGAAUUGAUGCCCCUUAGCCAUGUGCUCGCCACCAAGCUUGGUGCUCGCCUUACUGAGGUUAGGAAGAAUGGUACCUGCCCCUGGUUGAGACCUGAUGGCAAGACCCAAGUGACUGUUGAGUACUACAAUGAAAAUGGAGCUAUGGUUCCAGUGCGUGUCCACACUGUCCUCAUCUCCACCCAGCAUGAUGAGACUGUCACAAACGAUGAGAUUGCUGCUGACCUCAAGGAGCAUGUUAUUAAGCCUGUUGUCCCAGAGAAGUACCUUGAUGAGAAGACAAUCUUCCACCUUAACCCCUCAGGCCGCUUUGUGAUUGGUGGCCCUCACGGUGAUGCAGGUCUCACUGGACGCAAGAUCAUCAUUGACACUUAUGGCGGUUGGGGAGCCCAUGGUGGUGGUGCUUUCUCCGGAAAGGACCCUACCAAGGUGGAUAGGAGUGGUGCUUACAUUGUCAGGCAGGCUGCCAAGAGCAUUGUAGCAAAUGGGCUUGCUCGCAGGGCCCUUGUGCAGGUCUCUUAUGCCAUUGGUGUGCCUGAGCCCUUGUCGGUCUUUGUCGAUACAUACGGAACUGGAAAGAUUCCAGACAAGGAGAUCCUUAAAAUCGUGAAGGAGACCUUCGACUUCAGGCCUGGAAUGAUCACCAUUAACCUGGACCUCAAGAGGGGUGGCGGUGGAAGGUUCUUGAAGACGGCUGCCUAUGGACACUUUGGAAGGGAUGACCCCGACUUCACCUGGGAGGUUGUGAAGCCCCUCAAGUGGGAGAAGCCUCAGUCUUGAGCUUGAGAUUGAACAAGUCAAGUCCCUGCUGUUGAAGGCUUUUGCAUUAAUUGGCACUGGAUGAAUAAUUCGUGUGUUUACUUGCUGCUGCAGCUCUACACUCUAAAACAAAUUUCUAAUGUUCUAAUUUCAUACUUUUGAAGGUCCUUUUUUCUAUUAUUUGUUUUUGGUUUAUCUUAUUUCAUUUUUCUGUAAUAUGUUGUCUUCAUCACCAGUGUCUCUACUCUAUAAUGAAAGAGAAUUUUGUUCAAAUU